GAUCGGCUGAAGAAGGAGCUAGACUGCUUGCAUGUACCCUCUCCGCCUCGUGUCGCUGCGCGACUACAGUGUGAUGAAGCGAAACUGCUCGUAGCCGAGCAGCCUCCGGCGAGACUGACACAAGAUUCACUGCCGGGGUUGUUGCCCAAUGCUGGAGCGAGCAAGGUUGUGAAGCCCGGGUUCCUCCGCGCCGACCUGCCGGUGCCAAGGAUUUCCUAUAGCCAGGCUUUCCGGAGCGACAUUGUUCAGAGCGAGCCUAUUCCGCUGAAAAACUGGGAGAGUCCACUCGAGCUGCCCCUCCCCGGCCAACUCUACGAAGAGCCGAUGGCAUCGGCGCGAAGCACAGAGGGUGAGCCCGAGACGGCCUCUGAGGGCCCGGAUGUGGUGGAUCCCGUGGAAGAAGCAGCGACAGAAGAUCUAGAGCAGGUCAUGCAGGAGCCCGUCAGCAUGGUUCCGACGGGGGCAUGCGACGAGCCGUUGCAAGAGGAAGAGGAGGAGGUAGCCUUGACCCCAUGUUGCGCCUCUGAUCCGGGAUCGGAUUCCUUCCUUUCGGCCCCGGAAGCCUUGGAGCUCCAAGAAGGACUCGAGGAGUUGCCAAAGUUUCUGGAGCUGGGAAGCCAGCCGUAUGAGCUACUUUGUGCGGCUCUGCCCUGCAAAGAGCUCUUCGCCCUCCGGCUGGUUUCCACGUCAGCGAAGAUGGACACGAACCGGGAGAUUGAGGUACGGCUGAAGUCCCUGUGGCUUGGGGCCCGCGCUCGCGUGGACUCACCGCCGGCCAGCCCCACCCAUGCAAGAGAGAGAGCUCCGUCGGUGGAAGUGGAAGAGACUCCGGUCAAGCUGAACAUCUAUGACGUGACCACAAACCCCACUGUGCAGUGGAUCAACAGCCUCUUCGCCAACCAGUAUUCGCCAGUGAAGUUUGGCGGCAUCUUCCAUGUGGGCGUGCAGAUUGGCUCGAGGGAGUGGGCAUUUGGCUACAAGCCCUCCGGCACCGGCGUCUUCUGGACUCCACCGCUGUUUCCCGGACAGCACCACUUUCGGGAGACGAUCGACAUGCCACCUACGAUGCUGUCUCGUACGGAGAUUGCGGAGGUCAUGACAAGCCUGGAAAUCAAGUGGAGUGGGCCAAGCUAUAACGUCUUCCGACGAAACUGCUGCCACUUUGCUGACGAGGUGUGCGAGAUUCUGGGUGUUGGCAACAUCCCAGAGUGGACCUACCGCCUGGCCAACAUCGGCAGCACUGCGGCCGAGGUGAUCCGGGUGCUGGAUGCGCCAGGCUUGCUUCCCUUGAGCUACAGUCAUGCAAACCCUGCUCCGCCUGCCGUAGCCGACGCUCCCGCUAUCACCCGUGACACCUCUGAACACAUGAAUGUCUGA